AUGGCAGAUCGAAGAAAAAAGAAAGCUGAAACUCCCGAGUAUAGCGACUCAGACUCCGAUCAACCACAGUCUGAUAUCGAAGUCGACGUUGACGAAUCGGACGUUGACCUGGCCAGAGUAGAACGAUUUCUCUUGAACUGUGAUCCCAAAGUUGCCAGAGAAAACGAUGUGGAUGACUCCACCAUUCGGUUCAAAUACCUUUUGGGACUCACAGACAUUUUUCGUUACUUUAUCGACAUCAACAUGUCCAAGGACGCCAAAUUCAAGAAGUUGAUCCGUCUGAUUGAUGGAAAGAUCAGUUUCAAGCAGCCUAAGAAAAAACUGACUCGAGGAAGAAGAAAAACAGAAAAGGAGGAGGAUGCAGAACUUCUCGAAGAUGAGGAACACAUUGGUGAUGUUGAACAGCAGCGAACAGUGCUCACUGAGUCUCCGCUGUAUGUUCAAAGUGGCCAGUUGCGUGAGUAUCAAAUCCAGGGUCUUAACUGGCUCAUCCAGCUAUACGAGAACCGCCUCAGUGGUAUUUUGGCAGAUGAAAUGGGUUUGGGAAAGACUUUACAAACUAUCUCCUUCUUGGGAUACUUGCGUUAUAUCAAGAAUGUCGAUGGCCCAUUCAUUGUGAUUGUUCCCAAGUCUACGCUUGACAACUGGCGGCGUGAGUUCCAGAAAUGGACACCCGAAGUUGAUGUUGUGGUUUUACAGGGUAAUAAGGAAUCUCGUCAAGAGAUUAUUCGGUCCCGGUUGCUUACUGCCAAGUUUGACGUUUUGAUCACGUCCUUUGAGAUGGUGAUCAGGGAAAAAUCCCAGUUGAAGAAGUUCCGCUGGCAGUACAUCGUGGUAGAUGAGGCCCACCGUAUCAAGAACGAGGACAGUUCGCUUUCGCAGAUUAUCCGGUUGUUUUACUCCAAAAACAGGCUUCUCAUCACCGGCACUCCGUUGCAGAACAACUUGCACGAGCUUUGGGCACUUCUUAAUUUCAUUUUGCCUGAUGUGUUCGGUGACUCGAACGUUUUCGAUGAAUGGUUCGACAGUCAGGCCGAUAAGGACAAAAACCAGGACCAGGUGGUUCUGCAGCUUCAUAAGGUCUUGAGUCCGUUCCUCUUAAGAAGAGUCAAAGCAGAUGUUGAAACAUCCUUGUUGCCUAAAAUUGAGACAAACAUUUACACAGGUAUGACCGAUAUGCAAGUGGACUGGUACAAGAAGUUAUUGGAGAAAGAUAUUGACGCAGUCAACGGUGUGGUGGGCAAGAGAGAAGGAAAGACUAGACUUCUAAACAUUGUGAUGCAAUUGAGAAAGUGUUGCAACCAUCCAUAUUUGUUCGAUGGUGCCGAACCGGGCCCUCCUUAUACCACCGAUGAACAUUUGGUAUUCAACUCAGGAAAGAUGAUCAUUCUAGAUAAGAUGCUCAAGAAGUUCAAGGCUGCGGGAUCCAGAGUGUUGAUUUUUUCUCAAAUGUCGAGAUUGCUCGAUAUUUUGGAAGAUUACUGUUUUUUCCGUGACUACAAUUAUUGCCGUAUCGAUGGUUCGACCUCUCAUGAAGACAGAAUUGAAGCAAUUGACGACUACAACGCUCCAGAUUCCGAUAAAUUCAUUUUCCUAUUGACCACAAGAGCUGGAGGUUUGGGAAUUAACUUAACCACCGCCGACGUUGUUAUUCUUUAUGAUUCUGAUUGGAAUCCGCAAGCAGAUUUGCAAGCAAUGGACAGAGCUCAUAGAAUUGGACAGAAAAAGCAGGUUCAGGUUUUUAGAUUUGUCACUGAGAAUGCUAUCGAAGAGAAAGUUUUAGAUCGUGCUGCUCAAAAAUUAAGAUUGGAUCAGCUUGUCAUCCAACAAGGAAGACAAUCCACUGCAAGUAUAGGAAAUUCUGCUGAUGACUUGUUAGGAAUGAUCCAACAUGGUGCCAAGGCUGUUUUCGAAGCCAAGAACUCUAAUUCAAUGCUUGAUGAUGACAUUGAUGCUAUUCUCGCUAGAGGUCGCGAGAAAACUGCUUCUUUAAAUGCGAAGUUUAACAAGUUAGGACUUGAUGAUCUUCAAAACUUCACAUCUGACGCAUCAGUAUACGAGUGGAAUGGUCAGAACUUCGCAAAACGUGAAAACGAGGGGUUGGGACUUACUUGGAUUCACCCUUCCAAGCGUGAAAGGAAGGAACAGAUCUAUUCCGUGGACAAUUACUAUAAAGACAUGUUGAAAGCUCCUUCAGCGACAGGAAAACUGAGUGCACCAGUCAAAAUCAAACAACCUAAGGUGUACCAUCCUCAGGAUCAUCAGUUUUUCCCACCGGAGUUGAUUGAGUUGCUCAAUAGAGAGCAACUUGCCUACAAGAAAGAAGUUGGUUACGCUUACUCGCUUGAUGACUUCGGAGAUAGUGACGAAGAGUUUCUAAGUGAUGACUACAAGGAAGAUAUGUCCAGAGAAGAAAAACUUAAACUUGAGCAGGAGAAGAUUAAGAGUGUUGUACCCCUUUCUGAAGAGGAAUAUAAAUUAAAGGAGGAUUUGCUCAACGAAAGUUUUCAUACUUGGUCAAGACGUGAUUUCACCACCUUCAUCCACAGUUGUGCCAAAUUUGGAAGGAACGCGUACAAGGAGGUUGCCAAGGCACUUGGGCAAGAUGUUCUGGAAGUUGAGAGAUAUAGUAAGAAAUUCUGGGAAUCUUACAAAGAAAUUGAGGGUUAUGAAAAGUACAUUGCUCAAAUUGAAGCAAGUGAAAGAAAGGUCGCCAAGCUCGAAAACCAGCAAGCAUUAUUGGCUUCGAAGAUUGAAGCUCUCGAUGACCCACUUGAAGAUCUCAAGAUUCAGUAUCCUCCGAAUAACUCGAAGCGUAUUUAUUCCAAGCUUGAAGACCGCUUUAUCAUGUGCUGUGUUCAUAAGUAUGGAAUCUUCAGCGAGAAGCUAGGCGAGAAAAUCAAGCAGGAAAUCACGCAAAGUGAUCUCUUCAAAUUUGAUUGGUAUAUUACGUCGAGAACUCCACAAGAAAUCAGUCGAAGGGUCAACACGUUAAUGCUUGCUCUUGCGAAGGAGUCCGAUUCUGGAACAACUCGUAAACGUGGCAGACAACCAAAUGGGGUUUCCAGUGGUCGGGUUGGUUCUGUUGAACCAAGCACAGCUGAAGCUACUCCAGAUCCAGUUGCCAACGGACUGACUGAAGGAAAAGGGAAAAGAUCAAGUGGGUUGGGUAAGGGAGCUAAAAAGAUAAAGAUUUAA